CAUAUACCUUUCCAUUAUAACCCUUGCAUUUGGUGCUUCCGCACACAAAGGCAUUUUACAAAAACGUUUUACAUACACUGACAUCUGACAAAAUUAGGAUCUUUUAAUACAGGACGUCAGAGCACUGAUCCAAGGUCAGCUCUAGGUUCCUUCACCCGGCAGAACCCGCUGUAUUGUGACGAGAGCCCCGUUCAAGUACGAUUCACGUGCAGUGUCUUUGAAUAAAUGGAUCAAAAUUACAAUGCAUGCACCGUACCGCAGCUGAUACGGGGAAAUCGAGAGGAAAGAAAACUGGCAGUGAAGUACACGUACACUUUCAAGCCCGACCAAUACACAUGGCGGUUUGUACACGACCACCCAGAAACCUGGCCGUUUUACUCAUCGCUUUCUUCAUGAUUUUUCUUUUCGGAUACGUCUUUAAUGCCAACAAAGACACCCUAACGGCUUCAAGUAGAGAUGAUUUCAAUCGAUCAACCAAUCAAUAACAACCACUCGAGUGACUAAAUCCGCGAGGGUCCAUUAUGACUUGUGUGGACGUUUAUGGUAAAGCGUACGCUACUUUGUUUUUAAUCACUUUAGUUCUUAAUGUGUUUCUUGCUGAUAAUUACUUCCGACCAGUUCCGAUAUACCGUCAAAUGGAAUAUUUCACAAGGACACACAACGCUUCUAAAAAGGCGUCGAGCGGCAGUCUCGUCCUAACACAAGCCAAUUCCACAGCCGCCAACCACUCCAGCCAAAAUGGCGUCGCAAACCAACCGCUGGACUACGAAAUCGUCAUCUCCCACUUUAACGAGAAACUGGAUUGGAUGAAGCCCCUUGCCGAUCACAGUCACGUGUAUCACAAGGGAAAAGACAAGGGACCACCUUUUGAUGUCUACAAGUUGGAGAAGUUACCAAACGUGGGGAGAGAAGCCCACACCUACCUAUACCAUAUCAUACAGAAUUACGACAAACUCGCCAGUAUAACCGUCUUCCUACAAGGCACGGAUCCUGGUGGAGAGCAUAGGCAAUGGUGCUUUCCCACUGCGAUGGCGUUCGUCCAGCGAGCCAAGAAACACAAGUACUGCAAAAGCAGGCAUAGUUUAUAUGGCGACUGGGGGCGCAUCAGCCAUAUUAGCAAGUGGCUGAAAUCUCUUCAGAACGGCCAGAUGCGGAGAGCGAACCUGACUAUGGGCGAGUUCUACACGGCUUUGUUUGGCACCAAACCUCCACAUGGAGUGCCAUUGUGUUUAUCAGGAUGUUUCUCUGCUUCCAGGGGAAACCUGAGACGGUUCCCAGUUAGUUUUUAUGAGAAAGCCAUUUCGUUUGUGAACGAUCAUUCGGACCCAGAGGAGGGCCAUUACUUUGAGAGACUCUGGGCAACCAUAAUCAAUGUCAAGAAGAAGAAUCACAUUUGAAUCGGAGACACAUUUCAACCGGUACCCUGUAAACGUUUGUACUUUUAUGUACAAUUACCUCUUAAGAGGUUGCCAACCCUGGACUUUAUCUGCGGCUCCGGUUUUGGUUUUAGGUUUAAGUAAUCUGAGUGACUCAGUCAAAGAUAAAUUGAUUUUAGAUCAUCACAUUUUUGCAGUGAAAUAUAAAAAAUCCUGUGCAGUGCGUGGACAAAAUGAUAUCUUGGUCUCUUUUGAAACCACUUAAAAUGGUGAGACACUGAAAUGUGCGGCACGAAUUAAAUAAAACAAGACAGAGAUGUAUUUUGUAUAAGAUACAAGUCUAUGAUUUCUCCCUAAAAGUAGCAAGAAAAGUCAAGGGUAGUCCUAAGGCAUAAAAAAUACUUCUGCUUCCGAUUACAUGACCAGUUGAAAAGAGGGGUGGGCAGGUAUGUAGGGACAUUUUGUGUGGCGUACGGUCAUCAUGGAGGUGUCUGCGUGUAGUCAAGGGUAAACGGUAAUAGUUAUUGAUGAUUUUCGUGUAUAGGUAUUGAUGAUUUUCGGCUUUCUUAGAUGUAGGUAGCUCUCCAGCACUUAUCUGGGUCGUCACUCGUCACUCAAAUUUCGAUGGGAGGCAGGUAGAGUACAGGUACAUUGGGGAUAGCCUGACUGAGAUGAUCAUGGAGCUAUAAAAAUAGGCUCCGCGGUAUGAUCAAGGACAAACCACGCCUGCCGCCGUAUUUGCGAACAUAUUUACGGUCGUUAACUGAUUGAGAAGCCAUUAUCUCAGUGGGGUGCUCAUGAUCACGAACCUGGGAAUCCCGGGUUGGCGAAAUUAUAAGCCACAUUAGACUGGGCUCGGUCCAGCGGAUAUGCUACAACUUAUCAUAAAGAAGGUGGUGAGAACCUGGAAAUGACGGCUGGAAACAAAAUAUUAUUCAUAAUUAUAUUCCUCUUCAGCGGGUACUGUCACAAAAUCCCGCUAGAUCACUUCUAAAAAUCAGACUAAUCAGGUGCAUGGCCAUGUCACAAUAUGCCAUGCUCACACACUCAGUUGCUUAAGUUUUCCAGUCCAAUAACUCAUUUCCACUUGUACGCCCUACGUAAGACCUGAAGAUACUGAAUUCGACAUGCAGCGGGCACCUGACUUACUGUCUAUUAUGUUAAGGAGAAUGG